CUUUACCCUUCUUGCCUUCCAAGACUCUCGAGUCAUCUGAUGAGAACCGCCUACCUACCGUAACCUCAUCUGCCAAAAUGUCACAGCAAGGAGGCACGUAUCGAAAACCAUCAAACACAACAGCAACAGCAACAGCAAAUUCCACGCGGCCCGAGUCUUCAUCUCAAGCACGCGGCCAUGACGGCGGCAAGACCGAUGGCCAGGAGGAGUCUACAGCUGGAACUGCCGUCGCUACGUGGUCCGAAUCUUCCUUCGAAGCUCGCAGCCAGGAGGAGAAGCUCAGGACUGAUGGUCAGCAGUGGGAGGUUGUGAAUAGCCCAGUGUCCGACAACCAAAACAGCCAGACGGAUCCGCCCUCCAUGGGCCUGUCGAGUCACUUUGACUUUCAUGUUGGCUGGGGUAAAUGGAAGUUUACGCUGUUUAGCUGGGAUGUAAACGUCAAGAUGUAAACGCCAAGAUGUAAACGUCAAGAGGUAUCCUCCUCGCUAAUAGCAGCACACGACGAUAGGUCUGUAGUUUCAAUUUCUUUUGGUCAACAUCACGAGGACAUAUUUGAG